GAUAGAAUCGCAGCUGUCGCCGAAUUUUUUUUCAAAAGAGUCGAUCGAGAGAGAUCGAGAGAGAGAGAGAGAUGGAGAAAGGGGCGGCAGUUCGAUGCCAAAGGAUUGGAUGCGACGCGAUGUUCACUGACGCCGACAACCUCGAUGGAUCCUGCAGAUACCACGAUUCUGGACCUAUAUUUCAUGAUGGUAUGAAAGAAUGGAGCUGUUGCAAGCAAAAAAGCCAUGAUUUCAGCUUGUUCUUGGCAAUUCCAGGAUGUAAGACAGGUAAACAUACCCUUGAGAAGCCAGUAACAAAGGCAGUAUCAGCAAGCUCUCGAAAGCCUACUCCAUCUCCUGUUCAGAAUAAACCAACUGAUGUUAAUUGUUCAAGAUGUCGCCAAGGCUUUUUCUGCUCUGAUCACAAUGCCCAACCAAAGCCUUCGAACCCGGUUGUUUUGCCAACUUCUGUGGAAAAUGAUCAGGUUAAAAAUACACCUCCACCAGUUAAGAAAAUAGUUGGUUUGGAUGAGCCCCAAAUUUGCAGAAAUAAAGGAUGUGGCAAGACCUUCAAAGAGAAGGAUAACCACGAGACAGCGUGUGAAUAUCAUCCGGGUCCUGCAAUUUUUCAUGACAGAAUAAGAGGGUGGAAGUGCUGUGAUGUCCAUGUGAAGGAAUUUGAUGAAUUCAUGGACAUACCGCCGUGCACAAAAGGCUGGCAUAAUGCUGAUGCUGUAUGAGAGGGGAAUAACGAAAUGCUUGGUGUGCCGCGCUUGAGUGUAAACUCUCUGCAUACAUAAAUGCCCAUCAACCUACUGAUAUUAGCUUAACCAGUAUGAUGAACUAUUUCAACAGUUAAUGGAGACUAUUGAUUACCUGUUUUAGAGUUGUUUGAAGAGCUGUAAUUGAGACUUGUACGAAUGUUGCAUGUUAAAACUUUUUAACUGUCAAAUCUGUGUUGGACCUUAGUCAGCUUUAAGUAUUGUUUAUUUGAUGGUUACUGGUGAA